AUGUCUUGCUGUGAAACCUGCCCCCAGGAAUGCUGCUGCAGUGUCCCCACUGGUCCGGCCACCACCAUCUGCUCUUCAGACAAAUUCUGCAGGUGUGGAGUCUGCCUGCCCAGCACCUGCCCCCACGAGAUCAGCCUUCUCCAGCCCACUUGCUGUGACUGUGGAUGCCCUCCUCCCUGCUGUGUGCCCGAUCCCUAUGUGCCAUCUUGCUGGUUGCUCAACUCCUGCCACCCGACCCCCAACCUGUGUGGUAUCUCAGUGACCACAUGCAUUCAGCCUUGUGAGUGUGACCCGUCUUGCUGCUAG